ACAAAACCCCCUUCACUUUGGUUUUCGAAGCUGCUGCCUACCACAUUUUCGUUUGAAAAUAAAAGCUCCCCUUUGUUGAUGCAGGGCUUUGAGAUAAAAUCUGCUUUAGCAACUUUUGUUAGGGGAGUGUGUCAAUUGUAAUGACAGAAAUGGCGAUGAUAUGACUAUUUGUUUUUGAUUUUUGUUCUUUCGGGCCAGUCUGAGAAGAAGCUGGGCUGAGAGUUUCACGCAGAGCAGAGAUUUCAGUGGGAGUGGUAGGAGAGACACAGGCGCAGUCUCGCCCUGCAGCGUUGUGUUUAGAUUCUCGCUGCCUCAUAGCCCUGGAAUUCAGGACUCGCCGAGAAUUCUGUUUCCGUCCAGGGUUUUUUUUAUCCCCCCUUUCCUCUCUCUCGGCUAAAGGUGUAGCGCGUACCCAUCAGUCUGCACAAACAUUCGUCCCCGCUGAUCCGGACAAAUGGCCAGUUCACCCCAGAAAUCCCCAUCCAUCCCGAAGUCCCCCGUCCCGAAAUCCCCCGGCUCCAGGAAAGAGGAUUCCUUCCUGGGUAAACUUGGAGGAACUUUAGCCAGAAGAAAAAAGGCCAAAGAAGUAUCAGAACUGCAGGAAGAAGGGAAAAAUGCCAUCAACUUGCCACUCAGUCCCAUUCCCAUCGAGUUGGAUCGUGAGGACACGAUGCUGGAGGAAAAUGAGGUUCGGACGAUGCUUGACCCAAACUCAAGACAUGACCCUAAACUACUCGAACUGAUGAGGGUUUUAAUUGACUGGAUCAAUGAUGAGCUGGUAGAAGAGAGGAUUAUUGUGAAGGAUUUGGCUGAAGAUCUCUAUGAUGGGCAAGUGCUACAGAAGCUGUUUGAGAAACUGGAGGGUGAAAAACUGAAUGUAGCUGAAGUGACGCAGUCGGAAAUUGCCCAGAAACAGAAACUGCAGACCGUUCUGGAAAAAAUCAAUGAAACGCUUAAACUGCCACCCAGAAACAUCAAGUGGACGAUUGAUAGUGUUCAUAUGAAGAGUCUGGUUGCCAUUCUCCACCUAUUGGUUGCAGUUUCCCAAUACUUCAGGGCUCCAAUCCGACUCCCGGAUCACGUCUCUGUUCAAGUGGUGGUUGUCCAGAAAAGAGAGGGAAUUCUGCAGUCUCGGCAUAUCCAAGAAGAAAUCACUGGCAAUACUGAAGCUUUGUCAGGGAGACAUGAAAGGGAUGCCUUUGAUACUCUGUUUGAUCACGCGCCCGACAAGCUCAAUGUUGUCAAAAAGACACUGAUCACAUUUGUGAAUAAACAUCUGAACAAAUUAAACCUGGAAGUUACAGAAUUAGAGACACAGUUUGCUGAUGGUGUCUACUUGGUGCUCCUUAUGGGACUCGUUGGGAACUAUUUUAUACCUUUGCACAACUUCUUUCUCACCCCAGACAGCUUUGAACACAAGGUCCAUAAUGUGUCCUUUGCAUUUGAGCUGAUGCAGGAUGGAGGUUUGGAGAAACCGAAGCCUCGAUCGGAAGAUAUCGUGAACUGUGACUUGAAGUCUACCCUGCGUGUACUCUACAACCUGUUUACCAAGUACAGGAAUGUAGACUAACCUGAGGGCAGGUGGUUCUCUCCAGGAACCUGAAUACUAUGCUGUCAUAGCAACACCAACUUCAUUUCCAGGAGCCCUCUUCCAGCAGUGGGCUGAACAGCUAAUCACUCUCAUCUUGUAAUAUUCAAACCGUGGUAUUUCAAGAUUCUUUGUCGGUUACAAGAUUGCUAGUCCUUUAUAAAUAUAUACACACACACACACACACACACACACACACACACACACACACACACACACACACACACAGUACCUAGUGAAAAGCACUUGAACUACAAAAACUAGAAUCAAAUUGGACUCAGCGAACACCAGUACGUUGAAGGUUAAGAUCCUGAUGAGAAAUAAAAUUCAAUUAAUGUGGAAUCUGACAUUGGAGGUUUUUGAAAAUGCCUCUGAUACAAAUACCAAAGAGCUGUUGAUGCACUGAAGAGUUUCCCAGAUCCAAUUUGACAGCCAAUAUUUCAAAAUUGCCAUUAUCCAGUGAAAUCAAAGUUACAUUGUGUGUUUAAUGUUAUUAUUGAUCUUUUGUGUAUACAUCAAUUGGGACGGAAUUCUUGGAUAUUGAGGAACGUCAGAAAUAGCAGGAGAAGACAAUUCAGCCCUUCGAGCCUGUUUCACAGUUUAAUACAAUCAUGGCUAAUCUCAGCAUGGUUUCAUCUCCAGGAAGAAAGUACCCACAUCAAAAUUAACCUACUCUUGGUCUUCAAGAGCUAAUCAGAUUGUUUCCCUGUGUAAUGUUACAAAAAUCUUAAAUGUAGAGAUUCUACAAUGAACAUGUGGAUAGUUUGAACAUUCAUUGAUAUUAAACUUUAUUUAAUUUAUAUUCUGCUGCAAUACAAAGUCGUGGUGGCUUUGUCCUUACAGAACUGGCUCUUGUCAUGAAUUCAAGUCCCACCAAUAUAAGGUGAAAACUGAAUUCAAUAAAUUUGGUGUCUGGUUACAAGAAAGAAAAGUGACCAUUAAAUAUGUUGUUUUGACAUUUUAAAAAAAAACAACUGUUAAUGUCCCUCAGAAAGAGGAACCUGACACCCUCACCCAGUGAGGUCUGGGCAUGACUACAAUCUCAAAUAACAGAUUGACCCUCUGAAGUGGCCUAGCAACCCAAUUAAAAUUAAAAUUCUGGAAAUCUGAAAUAAAAACACAAAAUAGUGUAAAAACUAAGCUGGUCUGACAGCACCUGUGGAAAGCGAAAUAUAGAGUUAACAUGUCUAUCACUAUGACUCCUCUUCAGAACCCCUUCCACCUGGAUUACUGUGUGCAGUUUUGAUCUCACAUGAGAGGCACAUAUUUACCUUGCAGGGAUGUGCAACAACAAAAAAAUGACUCGACAAGUUCCUGGACAAUGGGCUUUUCCUAUGAAGAGAGCUUGUGUCCAGUUCAGAAUUUCCUGAAGUUUAGGAGAAUGAGAACCAAUCUCAUUCAAUCAUUUUUAAAAAAAUCUCCGGAAAUUGACAAAAUAGAUUCAGUGAGGCUGUUUGUCUGGUUUGGAAUGAUAGAACAUGGGGUCACAAACUCAGAAUAAGGAGUCGUCCAUUUAGUAUGGUACGAGAGAUUUCUUCAUUUUAAAGGAUUGGAAUCUUUGGAGUUUCUAACCUGGAAAGCUUUGGAUGCUGAAAUGAUAUUCAAGGUGGAGGUUUUUGGAUACAAAGGUAAUUAAAGAAUUUAGAGAGAGUGUUCAGGUAGAAUCACAAGCAUGUUAUAAAAUAUUGAGUAAGGUGAAAUAUCUUUUCAUAAAUUUCAGUUAUUCUUGCAUUAGUAGUCAUCAAAUUAGGAGCGGGAGUAGGUAAUUUGGCCCUUUGAGCCUGCUCUGCCGUUGAACAUGAUCGUGGCUGAUCUUAUCCUGGUCUCAGCUCCACUUUCCUGCCUGCUCCCCGUAGCCCUUUCACCACUCUUAUCAUCAGAAACAUAUUUGAAUCUGUUGAUUGAUUCUGCCUCCACUGCACUCUGGAACUACUUCUGAGAGAAGUAGUUUCUCCUCCUCUCUGUAUCUUGUUCCGCAAGGGAGGACAUCUGUUCAACGUCCACCUUAUCGAUCCCUUUAGGCAUUUUAUACAUCUCAAUCAUAUCCCUCAUUCUUUUGAACUCCAGUGAGUACAAGCGCAAGCUAUUCAACUCCUCAUAUGACAGCCCUUUCAUCCAUGGAUCAGCCUGGUAAAUCUCCAACACAUCCAUCCUCAAGUAAGGAUGCCAAAACUGGACACAGUACCCCAGAUGUGGUCUCAACCAUGCCUUAAAUAAUUUGUAACAAUGCCUCUUUACUUUCAUAAUCCACUCCUGGUGCAAUAAAUACCAAAAUUCUGUUUGCCUUUUUUUAUUACAUGCUGCACCAGCAUACCCACCUUCUGCGAAUACUGCACAAGGAUACCCAGAUCCCUUUGCACUGAUGCACUUUGAAUCUACUUCCCGUUUAAAUAAUAAUUCACUGUUUUAUUUUUCCAGCCAAAAUGGACAACCUCACACUUAUCCACAUUAAACUCCAUCUGCCAGACUCUGGCUCAUUCUCCUAGUCUAUCAAUAUUCAUCUGUAAACUCUAUCUCCUCAUCACAGCCUGCUUUCCCAUCUAUUUUUGUGUCGUCCAUGAAUUUUGCUGUUACCCCUCUGUCCCUGCUUGCAGUUCUAUUUAUAUCUGAAAUCCAAAACAUCUGAAUCUCAAGAUCAAUAUUUGUUCAACUCCAUUUGUAUAAAAUUUUAAUGUAAUUUACAAAAGAACCAGAAUGGAGAUGGGCCAAAAAUGUUUUUGUGUUGUGGCAUCACUUUAAAUGGCAGUAUAAGUAGAUUCAAUGACAAUGUUCAAAAGGGAAUGGGAUUUAUCUUUGGAGGUAGACCAUCUGACAUGAAAAUAAACCAUUUGGUCUCUGCUGAUAUCGAUGUUCCAAAAAUCCCUUCUUCAUCUACUCCUGCUCCUUUUUCUCUAACUACAUUUACUCAGUUUAUCCUUAGAUAAAUAGUGUGGAUGCAUUUUGACCUUGUCAUAUGGUAUGAAUUUCAACAUUUCUAGCAACGGAAUAAUUUGCAGGGCUAUGGGUGACUCUUUCCCUGCUUUAAGUUUUACUGGACUUGAAAUUCCAAACGUGUCAGAUUUUUAUCAUGCUCUAUUAAAAUAGUUUGUGUGUAGAUUUUUCAGAGUCUCUCUGCCUCUGCCCAAAAGAAAAUUCAGCAAAGUCCAGAUAAAACAUUGAAAUAAAUGGAGCGAAUUGUUAAUGCACAAAGCUUUUCCUUCAUUGAUCUCCUGAUGGUCCCAAAGCAGUCAGGCCUAACCACCAGCAUCAAGGCAGGCUGUGUCCUCUCCGUGUCUCAAUAUUCAACAUUUAGUUAAAAAUCUUGGGCUUUGCAAUGAUGUGAAAUGUAAUUUUUUUUAAAUUUGCCAUUAAAGAUAGAAAAAAUAAAAUCCACAAAGUCAUGGCUAUUGGUCAGAGACAAUAGGGUUAAUGAGAGUGAGGUUGAGGUGGGGAGAGACUGGAGCUGUAACUAUUGUUGACAAGCGAUGGAUAUUUUAAGAGGGCUCAAUCUGUUUUUUAUUUGUAAGACAAAGUACUGUUCCUUUUUUGUCUCUUUACGAGGAGUUGAUCCAGGGCACAAAUAACUGAAUUUAAUCCUGCUUCAGAUAUUAUGACAGUACAAUAUAUUAAAUGGCAGCUGCUGUACAGGAAACACAAUCAGGAUAUCACCCUAAUAAUUCCAGCAAGUAAAUUGCACUUGUCCAGAAAGACAGUGAUAGACUCUGGAAUCUUCCAAGACUCCUCCAUUCCAUUUUAUUUUUGCAGCCGCUUCUCUCUGAAGUUGGAUGUGGACAGUGUAUCUCUGUUUCAGCUACAUAUUAUUUGAAAGACAUUUUUCAAACCCAUUUUAAUAACACAAACAAGCCUCUGAUUUGAUAAUUAUGGUGUAUUAGAGCUUAACACAACAUUAUUCAGCACUUAUGAGAAAGCUGGGUCAUUGACAAUAAUGUAGAAUAAUGAAUGGCUUGAAGGGAGUUGUAACGUAAUUGAGAGUUUGAGAUGACAUUGUAAACCAUGAGAGUGAAACAUGGCAAGUUUUAUAUGAGACAUCUGAUCUGGAGAUUGCGUUUGUGCUGUGGGCACCUGCAGGAAGGAUGAAGCGGGGAGAUAGAAUGAGAGUGGGGGAGAUGCAGGAUUUAUGCUCUUUGUCUGUCUCUGUGUAUUUUCUGUCUCUUUCUAUGACUGUUGCUUACCUGCUCUCUCUGUCUUCUUUCUCUCCUCUCUCUCCCUCUCCCUCUUUGUCUCUUAACUGGGUUCUGCAUUGUGAUUUAAUAAUGGUCUCGUUUAUGUUUUCACAAAAUGUAUUUAUUAAUGUGCAUUGGCCAUGAUAGACCAGGGUUUUGUUCUGAAUUUCAAAGAAGAAGGCACUUGAGAUGGGACAUAAGGGGAUAAUGAGAUGCUCCGAAGUUACCCUUCUCGCUGCCACUCCAUUCUUUCAUACUUGCAAAGACAGUAAGUUAAAGUUUGAGUACGAACUCCAGAAUCCAGUUUUAAAUUCCCUUUAGUCAAUGUGGUACAAUAUUAGUUUCCUUUUAAACUGUUCAAGAAUGUCAUUAGUCUUAUACUUCUGUGUUAACCAUGUAGUCACUGCACAGUGCAAACAGCAUACCCCAUGUUCAAUGACAACAGCCAGCCCAUAGCACAGGCUAAUGUAGGUAAGCAUAUGUAUGAUACCCAACAUCGCCUGAGUAACAGUAUGCUGGGUUGCUAGGCUAUUUCUUGCAAUUAGAUGUUAGCUUUGGAUUUUUAAUAUAUUAUAAUAAUCUUGUUAACAUAACUUUUUUUUCCCCACAAUGGACACAAACAGAAUUAAAUUUAGAUCAAAGGAGUUUUUAUGCAUUCAACCUUAUUCCAAAUUGUGCUGUUGCUUUAUUGUCAAUUCUGACUGUGUGGAUGCAUAUAUCACUUGCUUCUCUCAUCACAGCAUUGAAUAGAAGCAUCAGAUUAAGCAGUCUUUCAUGUGGUGAUGUUAAUAUUUGAAGCAUUUACUACAUAUUCCUACACAGGCAAAAGAACAUUGUUAUUGUGGUAUGAUCAUGUAAAAAAUGAAAAGAAAUUCUGAAUAGGUUGUAAAUUGUACCCUUAAUAUCUGAACUUCUGAAUGCUGGAAUGAAAUCUAAUAUGAGACACAAGUGAAAACUCCAAAGCAUUCUUCCCUUCUGAUAGUUAUGCAUCACCUGAUGCACAGCUAUGCAUAAGUCUAUGGUCUCUUCACAAUGACAUUGCACCAGAAUGUGGUUCAGGAACUGAAGGCAAAGCUGUUACAAAGUUUAGUAAAUUUCCUGCAUUUACUAAUAAAGUUCGUUCAUUGUUUUA